AGCCCAACACAAUGGUGAAGAAUAAGCAACUUCACAUUCUUUCUCUAACAGUUGAUAUGAUUGUGUUCAGGUGAUUGAAUUAUGUUGUUCGGUAUCCUUUGGAGUUAUAUAAAAAUAAUAUGGGAAAAAAGAUCAAGCAGAUCUUCAUCCGAACUGAACGCUGAUCGAAAAUGGGACACAACAAUAUAUCAGAUUUUCAUUAGUUUGGGACCGCUGAUCUUCUGCUUCAGUGUUGGGGCUAUGAUGGGAUUUUCUGGCAUAUUCCUGCCACAGCUUGAGGCAGGGAAAGGCCAGAUGAAAACUAAUGGGGAUGUUCAGUCCUGGAUCGCGUCUUCAGCUGUGCUCUCCAUGACAUUCUUCUCCCUUUUUGGAGGUUUCCUGAUGGAGGAAGUAGGAAGAAGGUCGGCACACAUCAUUCCAGCCAUCCCUGGCAUCGCAGGAUGGUUAACGAUCUAUUUUGCCAGAAAUAUAUCGACUAUACUCAUAGGCAGAAUUUUAACAGGAAUUUCUUGUGGUCUGUUCGCACCAAUAACAUCAGCCUACAUCGGAGAAAUAACAUCACCAUCUCUCAGACCCUUCAUUCUAGGCUGUAUCACGCUAAGUGUGACGUCAGGAACUUUGCUGUGUCAUUUAGUUGGCACAUUUUACUCCUGGAGGACAACAGCAAUUUUUUGCGCAAUAUUUCCAACUAUUGGUGGAAUCCUAACUUUCUUUUCUGAGGAAACCCCCACUUGGCUCUUCAGGAAGGAUAGAAUAGAAGACGCAUGCGCAGCAUUCUCUAGGAUCAGGGGACAAUCAGAAGAGACCGAAAAGGAGCUGGAGGUGAUGUUGGAGAAACACAAGAAUGGUGGAUUUCGAAGUAAACCACUGGCAGAAAUCACUCAGGAUUUGAUUGCUAAGCCCGAAUUGUUCAAGCCUUUACUUGUCGUCGUUUUAUACUUCGUGUCCGCGCAAUUUGCCGGCAUAAACGUUGUAACCUUCUACGCUAUAGACGUUGUUAAGUUGAGUUUAGGGGCUAAAUUCGAAAAAUCCCAUGUGACGAUGCUUGGCAUGGAUUUUAUCCGAGUGGUUACCUCAGUUAUAGCUUGUAUCCUUCUGAAGAAUUUAAAACGACGACAUUUAGUCGUUGGUGGGGGUGUAGGGUGUAUGGGAUGCCUCUUAACAUUGAGCUUCUCUAAUUUCCUGUCAAGGGUCACUGAAAACACUCUGUUAUCGGUUUAUGCCCCUCUGACUGCACUUCUCGCCUACGUUUUCUUCAUUUCCAUCAGUCUCGUUCCUCUGCCCUGGUGCCUGGCUGGUGAAUUGCUGCCACAAGAACUCAAAGGGCUAGCUUCCAGCCUGCUGUGUUUCUUUUCUUUCACCGCCUUUUUCAUCGCAGUGAAAUGUGCGCCAUUCUUGUUCGAGUUCUUGGGAGCGGGAUUGACGUACUUGGUCUUCUGUGGUUCAGUACUCUUCGGUACCACAUUGUGUUGGUUCUUUCUUCCUGAGACGAAGAAUAAGACGUUGGAGGAAAUAUCGGAUACAUAUAGCGAAAGAUGAUUGGAAAUUAGAUUUUUUUACUGCUAGCUUCACCAGUGAUUGUAGAAGCCUCAUCAUUCAGGGAGAAAGAAACCAAAGAAAGUGACUGAAGUUAAUAGUGAAUUUACAACCCUUCAUAUUUUCGUUAUUUCCAGCAUGGAGGGAGACUUGUUUUUUAA